GCAACGUUCUUACUGUCAAAACAAAUACAAAUAUGCCCCAAACCCCAAUUGGAUACAAAAUGCUUGUGAAAAUUUUUACACAUACCAAGAGCAGAAACUACAAUGUCACACAAGAGAUUCUUUAUGCGCCUUAUACUGCAGCUACAUGCGGUGACCUGUCCGGGAGUCUGGCUGUGCACCCAUGGCUGUUUGGAGGCCACCAUCAAGACCCUGGGCUACUAUUUUCGCACUGGCGCCAUGGAGCCGCGUUUCCCUAUGCUUUGCCAUGACCAGUUCACUAUGGAAGGAUAUUUUAAGGGUGUUGCCUCUCUUGGUCAGAUGCGAGACAUGCUGAACUCCGAGCAACUUGAGAUAACUAUGUGGCAAAAUGGACGUCGAUUGGCCUACUAUGUGGGCAAAUUGUCGGACUUAAUGCAGCCAUCUAUACCCCCUCUUAGUUGCGAACACUCAGGUAACGUCCAGUUGCUGAUGAGGGCCACCUCUGCCUUUCCGGGCAUACUGGCGCCCAAAGUGGAAAUGUCAGCGAAUUUGAUCAUGCGGGACAAACAACGCAAAUGCUGCAAAGUAAAUCUGGAGCGGAAGGUAAAUAAUCGCCAUGUCGAGAGCCGUUGCCUGAACCGCGUGGACCUGCCUCGCAAGCAGAAAACUGUAUGCCACUCAAAGGAAUCGAAGUGUGGUUCCAACAACAGCCUCAUCCACUCAACAGACAGCGAAAUCUUGUAUGAGCAGCAGUCACGUCGGUUGUCCACCUGCUCGAAUACCACACGGCACAGCUCCCAAUCACUUGCGAGCCUAAGUACAAGCUCAGACUCGACACAUUGCAGCCAAACCCACACCUUGGUUAGUACAGGUGCAGUUGAGCAUGAGAACAACUGCCAUAUCUGCCAAGAAUACAUCAAAUACUUUCAGAGUUAAGAAAUUAGAAAUACAUUGGCUGAUAUUUUAAGUGA